AUGCCAAACUACAAGCUCAUUUAUUUUAACAUGAGGGGCAGAGCAGAAAUUAUUCGCUACAUAUUUGCAUAUUUGGAUAUAAAGUAUGAAGACUACAGAAUAGAACAAGCUGACUGGCCUGAAAUAAAAUCAACUCUUCCAUUUGGUAAAAUUCCCAUUUUAGAAGUCGAUGGAUGUCCUCUUCACCAGAGUCUAGCAAUAGCAAGAUACCUGACCAAAAACACAGAUUUGGCUGGAAAAACAGAAUUAGAACAAUGUCAAGUUGAUGCUAUUGUGGACACUUUGGAUGAUUUCGUGUCUCGUUUUCCAUGGACAGAGAGAAAUCAAGAAGUAAAAGAAAAGAUUUUUAGCGAGCUACUCACACAUGAUGCACCUAAUCUUCUACAAGAUUUGGACACAUAUUUAGGAGAAAAAGAAUGGUUUGUUGGUAACUCUGUAACCUGGGCAGAUUUCUACUGGGAUAUCUGCAGUACCACACUCUUGGUCUUCAAACCUGACUUGCUGGACAUCCAUCCCAGGCUAGUGGCUAUAAAAAACAAAGUCCAAGCCCUUCCUGCCAUUGCUGAUUGGAUACUACGGAGGCCUCCAACUAAAAUCUAG